AUGGAGGAAGAGUUGAAAUGCCCCGUCUGCGGUUCUCUCUUCAAGGACCCCAUCCUGCUGCCGUGCUCCCACAACGUCUGCCUGGCGUGUGCCCGGAACAUCACGGUGCAGACGCCGGACGGAGAGACCCCGGUGCAGAGCCGCGCGUCCGGCAGCUCCGACUAUGACUACCUGGACAUGGACAAGAUGAGCCUGUACAGCGAGACGGACAGCGGCUACGGCUCCUACACGCCGUGUCAGCUCAAGUCUCCGAACGGGGUGCGGGUGUUCCCCCCGGCCCUCCCCCACCGACACUGCUCCCUCACCUGUCCGCUGUGCCACCGGAGCGUCUCCCUGGACGAGCGAGGUCUCCGGGGCUUCUCUCGGAACCGGCUGCUGGAGGCCAUCGUGGCUCGGUACCAGCAGAACCGCGCCUCCUCCUCCACUUCCUCCUCCUCCUCUUCCUCAUCUUCUUCUUCUUCUUCAUCAUCAUCCAAGGCGGUAAAGUGCCAGCUGUGCGACCGUAACCCGGUGGACGCGUCGGUGAUGUGCGAGCAGUGCGACGUGUAUUACUGCAACGCCUGCCAGCAGCGGUGCCACCCGUCCCGCGGUCCGCUCGCCAAGCACCGCCUGGUUCCACCGCCGAACCAGGCGGCCGGAGGAGCGGCCGGCGGCGGCGGAGGGAGCGGUGGUGGCGCCGGGGGAGGCAGCGGCGGCGGUCAGCAGCCGCCGGCCACCGCGCGUAAACCGGCGACCUGCGUGGAUCACGAGGCGGAAAACUUCAGCAUGUACUGCGGCAGCUGCAAGGCUCCGGUGUGUAUGAAGUGUCUGGAGGAGGGAAAACACGCCAAACACGACGUGAAGCCUAAAGUGUUGAUGUGGCAGCAGCACAAAUGCCAGCUCUCACAGGCUCUGAACGGCGUCUCAGACAAAGCUAAAGAUGCCAAGGAGUUCCUGGUUCAACUCAAGAACAUGCUUCAGCAGAUACAGGAGAACGGUGUGGAGUUCGAGGCCUGCCUCGUGGCUCAGUGUGACUCUCUGAUCGAGGCGCUGACCAGACAGAAAGCCAAGCUGCUCACCAAAGUCACCAAGGAGAAGGAGUACAAACUAAAGGUGGUGCGUGACCAGAUCACCCACUGCACCAUGAAGCUGCGUCAGACCACCGGCAUGAUGGAAUACUGUCUAGAAGUCCUGAAAGAGAACGAUCCCAGUGGUUUCCUCCAGCUCUCAGACGCCCUGAUCAAGCGGGUGACGUCGUCUCAGGACCAGUGGGUGAAAGGAGCCCUGGAGCCGAAGGUUGGCCCCGACUUCGACCUCACCCUCACCACCGACUCGCUGCUCCAGACCAUCCUGCAGCUGGACUUCUGCCAGGGCAAAGAUGUGCAGGAGAUUCCAUUAUUGAAACAAAUGCAGGCAGCAGACAGUGGUGAGGCUGAGAUGGAGGCAGAGAGCCCAGGAGUGGAGUCCGGACCCUCGGUGCCAGCAGCUCCUCUCCUGCAGCUGGAGAAGUGCUGCACCAGGAAUAACAGCGCCACCUUAGCGUGGAGGGUAACUGUGCCCACCGGCAGCCCCAUCGAGGGCUACAUCCUGGAGCUGGACGAUGGGAACGGAGGACAGUACAGGGAGGUAUAUGUGGGGAAGGAGACAGUGUGUACGGUGGAUGGACUCCAUUUCAACAGUUCCUACAAUGCCAGGGUGAAAGCCUACAAUGCCGUUGGCGUGGGACCGUACAGUAAGACAGUGGUGCUCAAGACCUCUGACGUGGCUUGGUUCACCUUUGACCCCACCUCAGCUCACCGAGACAUCGUUCUUACCAAUGAAAACCAGACAGUCACCUGUAACAGCUACGAUGACCGCGUGGUGCUGGGGACAGCUGCUUUCUCUAAGGGUAUUCACUAUUGGGAGGUCACCAUCGAUCGCUAUGACAACCACCCGGACCCUGCGUUUGGCGUGGCGAGGAUCAACACCAUGAAGGACAUGAUGCUGGGGAAAGACGACAAAGCCUGGGCCAUGUAUGUGGACAACAACCGCUCCUGGUUCAUGCACAACAACUCCCAUACCAACAGGGCGGAGGGAGGCAUCACUAAGGGCUCCACUGUGGGCGUGCUGCUGGAUCUGAUCAAACACACACUGACUUUCUACAUCAACAAGGAGCAGCACGGACCAACUGCCUUUGAGAACCUGGAUGGUGUCUUCGUGCCCGCUGUCAGCCUCAACAGAAACGUGCAGGUGACCUUACUGACGGGCCUGGAGGUGCCAAAGAAUAUCAAACAGUAA